AAAAAAGUCACUGCAGGCCCGUACAGCAUCAAAUCUUCCAACAGCAUCAUCACCAACCCUUCGCUACCUUACUUGCCUACCAUAUCCGUCCGUGGUAGCAGCAGCGCAAACACCCCAACCUAUCCUCACCAUACACGACACAGGAGCCGCAGCCACAGCUACAGCAUCAAUCAUGGCGGUCCGCGCACAAUUCGAGAAUUCCAACGAAGUCGGCGUCUUUGCGACACUGACGAACUCGUACGCCCUCGUGGCCCUGGGCGCGAGCGAGAACUUUUACAGUGUCUUUGAGGCCGAGCUCCAAGAUGUAGUCCCUACCGUCCGAACGACCAUUGCUGGCACCCGCAUCAUUGGCCGCCUCACAGCCGGCAACCGCAAAGGUCUCCUUGUGCCCACGACCACCACAGACCAGGAGCUCCAGCACCUGCGCAACUCGUUACCCGACAGCGUGCGUAUCCAGAGAAUCGAGGAGCGCCUCUCUGCUCUAGGCAACGUCAUUGUCGCCAACGACCACAUUGCCCUGAUCCACCCGGAUCUGGAGCGGGAAACCGAGGAGAUUGUCGCCGACGUGCUCGGCGUGGAGGUCUUCCGCCAGACCGUGGCGGACAAUGUGCUCGUGGGCAGCUACAUGAGCUUGUCGAACCAGGGAGGCCUGGUGCACCCCAAGACCAGCAUCCAGGACCAGGACGAGCUGUCGAGCUUGCUCCAGGUGCCCCUCGUCGCUGGCUCGGUGAACCGCGGCAGCAACGUGGUGGGCGCCGGCAUGGUCGUCAACGACUGGCUGGCCGUGACCGGUCUGGACACCACCGCCACCGAGCUGAGCGUCAUCGAGAGCGUCUUCCGCCUCGGCGAGGGCAUGGGCCCCAGCAACAUCAACAACAGCAUGAAGGACACGAUAGUGGAGAGUUUCUACUAAGUGGCCCCGCGUACUUGUUUUGUUCAUGUUGCUUGCUUGGCGUUAUGGGAUGGGGGACCUUUUCUAGUGCGGCUUGGACACUUGAUUGAUUGGCAUGAGAGAGACAUGACCCAAGGGGGUGGCUGUCAUCACCCUCGAUCCUCAUUCUCCAGCUUGACAAUCACACGAUGUUUGCUGUCUCGAAGCACUCGCAUGCCAACUAUCCGUAAAUGUGAAGUCUGAAGGCGACGUGAA